GAAUCUGGAGAGCGAAGGAAGUGCGGCGCAGUGCAACGCCGAAUUCCGAGGAAGCGGAAGACGAAAUCGGGACUCGGGAUUGGUCCUGUGACGAAAGACGAGAUGACUUCGGGACGCGAUUCUGUUGCGAGAAGUUGCGCUGCUCUUCGAUCAGAUCAGAUCGGGUCGGGUAGGGCCGAGUCGGGCCGGAUUAGAUUAUGAUUAUGGCAGUGUUGCGACGGGUUUCGAUGACGCUUUGCUUGGGACGAGGUUAGCACCAUCACCAUGCCACGGCUUGCCUGCGAUCGAUCCCAGAUUCUUCUCAGGCUCCAGCAGGACGAGGAGAAACUGCUUUUGGAGAAAUCGACAGAGCGAAAGGGAGCGAGGAGGGCGUCGAAUCCGAGACGUUGCAAUGGAGAGCGGAGCAUAGUCAGAUUAGAGCAGACGACGACGAGCAUGGCAUGGCGGUGGCGACGGGGCGGACGCUCACAGGGCACGUGACGAGACGAGACCGGACGUCUCGUUGCGAGUCAGUCGGAAGGGAGAGGGAGAGGUAGAGCGGAGCGUCGUCAGGACCGGCGGCU